ACCACCGUGCAGACCGAAAACAGUGUCCAUCCCGACAGCCGCAGUCUCUCUGCAGCCACAGAGGGCUUCGACUAUCUCUUCUCCAAUGAGCUCCAGAAUGCACGCGAGACAUUCGCCGCUGCCGACUCGCCAUUCCACCAGCUCGGUCUCGGGGUCUGCGCCUUCCUCGAGGCUGCCUUGGGUAUGGAGACGAGCCUGCUAGCAGAAGCGCAGCGCUGCCUCUCCCUCUCCGAGGCCGGUUCAAGGAAGCAACUCAAGGCUGCAAAGUAUGCCAAGCCCUCGACGCGAUUCCCUCCAGGCACAGAGUGGGACCUGCUAAACUCGGAUGCCGUCAUUCUCCUCGGCCUCAACCAUGCACUCAGCGAGUCCUACAUGGGCUAUCUUCAGUGUCUCUACUCGCUGAAUACCGCACAUUCCAGACUUUACAAAACUGUUUAUCCGAAUGGUCUUGACGCGUAUCCAACGCCCGCGACGUCCGCGUCAGGCUCCCGUGCACCCAGUAUGCGCUCCGACGCCUCAUCUAUGCUGUCCGUCGCGACCACCACUGCCGUCCCCGCGAGCAUGCCCGCAACACCUACCAGCAUAACGCCGAAACGUUCAGGAUUCUUUUCACGCUUCACUGCAAGUGCGAGUGCGAGCCCUGCAGUGAGCCGAAGCUCGAGUCUGAAUGUAAGCGAGACGUCGUUCUCUUCGCAGACGCCGGUAGUGGAGGGCUCAGUGGACGAGCUAAUCCUGUCCGGGACUGCAUUCGGUGCGCUGUUCAACCUGGUGUUUUCAUUAUUGCCGGCAAAGAUCAGAGGUGUCGUCGGCUUCCUCGGCUUUACAUCUGAUCGUAAGCUAGCGCUGCAGGCGUUGGCCGUGUCCGCGGCUCACACCGAUGUUCACGGGGUAUUUGCUGGCCUCGCACUUAUGACGUACCAUGGGGUCGUGCUGCUCCUCGCGGGGUACCAGGCGGACGAGCAGCACAUCUUGCAGCAGUACCGCGCGAUCGUAGACAAGGUCUCAGCCAGAUAUCCAAAUGGGUCGCUGUGGAUCCUGAAUAGGGCCAAGAUCUUGCGGAUGUCGUACGACACCGAAGGCGCGAUCAAGGUAUUGCAGGACGGUCUGAAGCCCGAUCGCCCACAGACGUUUGCGCAGGCAGACGGAUUGUUGAUCUUCGAGCUUGCGUGGACACUUCUAUCACAGCGGCGGUAUCAAGAGGCCGCGGAGACUUUCAUGGCUAUGACGAAGGUUAAUAGCUGGAGCCAUGGAACGUACUACUUCAUCGCUGCUGGGUGCUAUGUCUCGUUGAAGAAUUAUGUGAAGGCAGCGGAACUCUUUGAAGCCAUUCCGGCGUUGCUGGACAAGAAGAAGAUCGGCGGGAAGGACUUGCCAACAGAGGUCUGGAUCCGGAAGAAACUGGCCUUCUACAGGGAGAAGCAGAAGCGACUGACGGGCUCCGAGGCCGAUUAUGUCCUAUGCAUGAAGAUCAGCCCUGCAGAGGAGCUCGGAAUCUUCUGGAACACGCACGCACGCAUACCUCGCGACGUUGCCCUUGCCCAUAUCGCCGAGCUGUGCGCGCUAACGCCGCUCCCCACUAUCUCCAGUCCGUUGAUUACGUCGCCAGAGUCUGCACUAUCAUCAGCGACAUCGGCGACGAUGUCGACCGACCCGCCGCCAGACCUUGACACGCCCGACGAGCUGGCCAUCCGUGCGCUGCUCCUGGGUAUUCUGCACCGCACUGCAGGCGAGUACGACGCAGCGCGCGCGUUCCUCGCAGACGCGUUCGGGCGACAGGCGGCGGUGAAGGUGAGCACGUGGGUCGGGAGCGUAACGCUGUUUGAGCUCGCGGUGCUGGAGCUGCGGGAGGCGCAGGCGCGCACGGAGGGCGUGCCGGGACUUGCGGUGGGCGAGGAGCGGGAGGAGCUGUCGGGUGCGGAGCGACGCGCGAUGUGGGAGCGUGCGCUGAAGGAGGCAGAGGGGCGCCUUGAGAAAGCGCUCGCCCUGUCGACGCAGCAGGUGGACCUGUCGUCGCGACUGGACAGCCGGAUCGCGAUGCUGAGGGACGAGAUGGUGAUGAAGAGGGAGAUGCUUGCGGCGUCGGCGUAG